AUGGGAAAGGAGAUUCCUAACGAAGCCCCAUGGAAGGCACCACAUGCAGAAGAAUGGGACAAAAUGUCUAUGCAAGAUUUCAUAGACAAAGUUUGUUGGACAAAUGCUAGCAAGAGGUUUGCAACGCUGUUUGUGAAUGUGGAUGUCACCUCUGAGCCUCACGAGGUCUCUGCUCUCUGGUUCCUGUGGUACGUGAAGCAGUGUGGGGGGACAGGCAGGAUAUUCUCCACCACCAACGGUGGGCAGGAGAGGAAGUUUGUUGGAGGUUCUGGUCAGAUUAGUGACAAGUUAAUGGAACGCUUGGGAGGCCGAGUGAAGCUAGAGAAACCUGUAGUCCGCAUUGAUCAGUCAGGUGAAAAUGUCAUUGUGGAGACCUUAGACCAUGAAUCGUACGAGGCCAAGUAUGUUAUUAGUGCCAUUCCCCCAGUUCUUGAUUUGAAGAUUCAUUUCAACCCACCAUUACCACCAAUGAGAAACCAGCUGAUCAGCCGGGUUCCCAUGGGCUCAGUCAUCAAGUGCAUGGUAUACUACAAAGAACCUUUCUGGAGGAAAAAGGACUACUGUGGUACCAUGCUCAUUGAAGAUGAGGAAGCUGUGAUUGGAAUGACACUUGAUGAUACCAAACCCAAUUGCAGUGUUCCUGCCAUAAUGGGUUUUAUUCUCGCUCGAAAGUGUAGAAGACUGACAAAUCUCACAAAGGAAGAAAGGAAGAAGAGGAUCUGCGAGCUCUAUGCAAAGGUUUUGGGAUCAGAGGAAGCCUUACACCCAGUGCAUUAUGAAGAGAAGAACUGGUGUGAGGAGCAGUAUUCUGGCGGGUGCUACACAGCUUACUUCCCACCGGGGAUAAUGACACAGUUUGGAAGGAUCAUUCGCCAGCCAGUUGGUAGGAUCUACUUUGCUGGAACAGAGACAGCUACAGAAUGGAGCGGGUACAUGGAGGGGGCUGUGCAGGCUGGAGAGAGAGCAGCUAGAGAGAUACUGUGUUCCAUGGGGAAAAUCUCAGAAGGUGAAAUUUGGAAGUCAGAACCAGAAUCAGUUGAUGUCCCAGCCCGGCCAAUCACUACUACCUUUUGGGAGAGAAACUUACCAUCUAUACCAGGACUGCUGAGGCUGGUUGGAUUUUCCACUUUCUUCACUUCAGUGGCUGCUGUUGGGCUAUUUGCCUACAAAAAGGGGCUGCUAGUUCAAAACUGA